GUUCUCCCUCCUCCUCCUUCUCCUUCUCUCUCCUUCUCCUUUCCUGUCAUUUCCCUCCUGUUCAUAUGUCCCGGCAAGACGUUGUGGACUUAAAGGAUGGCUCGUUGGUCAGGUGAAGUCAGCACGCGCCGGGAACCAGUGAAGCAGGGGACGGGACCGUUUUCUUCAGCCCAGCAGAGUGAUGUGAUGUCUGGGUAGAGGCUGGAGAAGAGCCCCUUUCAUUCCUGGUCCACCCAAGACUGUUGUGUUGAGGAGGACAACUCUGACAAUGGAAGUGCCUAAUGGGGAUAUUUUUAUAAAUGGUGUGAUGGUCUCGUUCCUACAGUAGUGACCCACAGGAGCGUCUCGCUUCCAUCCAGAGCUGAUGUUUCUGUCUGCAUGCUGACAGAGAGGAGGAACAAAAGCUGGAGGGCAGUUUUCAUAGAAUCCCUUCACACUGUCUGACUCGGUCACACCAGCGAGCUCUGUUGACAACGGGAACAAUAAGAGGAGGAGAACUAGUGUGUGGAAAGAAGAGCCUUCAAUUCCCACCUGUGAGGAUUAAUUAGAGCGGGGGCAGCAUGGCGCACGCUGCCUCACAACUCAAGAAAAAGGCUGACGAGAACCUUAAUGCUGCUGAAGAGGAGGAGAAGAAGAAGAAGGCGAGGAAGCGUUCACGUGAAGUAAAGAAAAAGACAGACGUGAACGCCUGCUACCUACGUUCAGCUCGUGCCGGCAAUUUAGAAAAAGCUUUGGAUUACUUGAAGAAUGGAGUCGACAUCAACAUUUGUAAUCAGAAUGGUCUGAACGCGCUUCACCUGGCAUCUAAGGAGGGUCAUGUGGAGGUGGUCGCUGAGCUCAUCAAGCAGGGCGCCAAUGUCGAUGCCGCUACGAAGAAAGGGAACACAGCACUGCACAUUGCAUCUCUAGCUGGUCAGACUGAUGUUGUGAAGGAACUGGUGACAAAUGGGGCCAACGUCAACGCCCAGUCUCAGAAUGGCUUCACUCCCCUGUACAUGGCAGCCCAGGAGAACCACAUGGAUGUGGUUCAGUUCCUACUGGACAACGGAUCCAGCCAGAGCAUUGCCACGGAGGACGGUUUCACCCCCCUGGCAGUGGCACUGCAGCAGGGUCACGACCAAGUGGUGUCUCUGCUACUGGAAAACGAUACCAAGGGGAAAGUUCGGCUCCCUGCGCUGCACAUUGCUGCACGGAAAGACGACACCAAAGCCGCCGCCCUGCUGCUCCAGAACGACCAUAACGCUGAUGUGGAGUCCAAGAUGAUGGUGAAUCGAACAACAGAGAGUGGAUUCACUCCUCUUCACAUUGCGUCUCACUACGGCAACAUCAAUGUGGCCACACUGCUGCUGAACAGAGGCGCUGCUGUGGACUUCAAAGCACGGAAUGACAUCACGCCGCUGCACGUUGCGUCUAAACGUGGGAACAGCAACAUGGUGCGACUGUUGCUGGAGAGAGGAGCCAAGAUCGACGCGCGGACCAAGGACGGCCUGACUCCUCUCCACUGCGGAGCGCGGAGCGGUCAUGAGCAGGUGGUGGAGAUGCUGCUGAACAGAGGAGCACCUAUUCUAUCCAAGACCAAGAACGGUCUGUCCCCGCUCCACAUGGCCACGCAGGGCGAUCACCUUAACUGCGUCCAGCUGCUGCUGCACCACGAGGUUCCAGUGGAUGAUGUGACCAACGAUUACCUGACAGCGCUGCAUGUGGCCGCCCACUGUGGACACUACAAGGUGGCAAAGGUGAUCGUAGACAAGAAGGCGAACCCCAACGCCAAAGCACUGAACGGCUUUACCCCUCUGCACAUCGCUUGUAAGAAGAACAGAGUCAAGGUGAUGGAGUUGCUGCUGAAGCAUGGGGCGUCCAUACAAGCUGUCACUGAGUCCGGUCUGACUCCAAUUCACGUUGCAGCGUUUAUGGGACAUGAAAAUAUUGUCCACCAGCUCAUUAAUCACGGCGCAUCGCCAAAUACAAGUAACGUGAGAGGAGAGACAGCACUGCACAUGGCGGCACGAGCGGGUCAGUCCAACGUGGUGCGAUAUUUGGUCCAGAACGGAGCACAAGUGGAUGCCAAGGCAAAGGAUGACCAGACACCGCUGCACAUCUCCAGUCGACUUGGAAAACAAGACAUUGUCCAACAGCUGCUGUCAAAUGGAGCCUAUCCUGACGCCACCACCAGCACUGGCUACACACCUCUGCACUUAGCUGCCAGGGAAGGACACAGAGACGUGGCUGCUGCGCUAUUGGACCAAGGAGCCAGUCUGGCCGUCACCACCAAGAAGGGCUUCACGCCUCUGCAUGUCGCAGCCAAGUAUGGCAAGCUGGAAGUGGCCAACCUGCUCCUGCAGAGGAACGCUCCUCCAGACGCUGCUGGAAAGAGUGGACUAACUCCACUGCAUGUGGCAGCGCACUAUGAUAACCAGAAGGUGGCGCUUCUUUUGCUCAACCAGGGAGCGUCCCCUCAUGCUGCAGCAAAGAACGGUUACACACCGCUCCACAUCGCAGCCAAGAAGAACCAGAUGGAAAUCACAACCACGUUACUGGAAUACGGUGCCUCCACUAAUGCAGUCACGCGUCAGGGCAUCACGCCGCUGCACCUGGCUGCUCAGGAGGGAAACGUGGACAUUGUGACUCUUCUGUUGGCAAGAGAUGCUGCGGUUAACAUGAGCAACAAGUCUGGCCUGACUCCACUUCAUCUGGCUGCUCAGGAGGACAAAGUCAAUGUAGCUGAGGUCCUGGUCAACCAUGGAGCUAUAGUUGACCCAGAGACAAAGCUUGGCUACACGCCUCUCCAUGUGGCUUGUCACUAUGGCAACGUGAAGAUGGUCCAUUUUCUGUUGAAAAACCAAGCCAAGGUCAACGCUAAAACCAAGAACGGCUACACGCCUCUCCAUCAGGCGGCACAGCAGGGACACACACACAUCAUCAACCUUUUGCUGCAUCAUGGAGCGCCGCCCAACGAACUCACUGCAAAUGGGAACAGUGCUCUGUCCAUUGCCAGGCGGCUCGGAUAUAUCUCUGUAGUUGACACACUCAAGGUGGUCACAGAAGAGACACUGACCACUCAGACUGUGACUGAGAAACACAAGAUGAAUGUUCCUGAGACCAUGAAUGAGGUGUUGGACAUGUCCGACGAUGAAGUCCGUAAAGCCAAUGCUCCCGAAAUGAUCGCUGAAGAAUAUUUGUCUGAUGUUGAAGAAGGUGAUGACGCCAUGACCGGGGACACGGACAAAUACCUGGCACCACAGGACUUGCGUGAACUGGGCGACGAUUCUCUUCCACAGGAGGGAUACAUGGGCUUCAGCGUGGGCGCUCGGUCCCAGAGCCUGCGUUCCUUCAGUUCUGAUAGGUCUAACACCCUGAACAGGAGCUCCUUCACCAGGGACAGCAUGAUGAUCGAGGAAAUGCUGGCACCAAACAAAGAGAUGAUGCUCUGUAAGGAGCGAUCUUUUAUAGUAGAGCGCCAUAACAAGCAUCUGUCGGUGGCCAAAGACUGUGACAAUGAGUCUCUGCGGAGGUACAGCUGGACACCAGACGCGCUGGAUAAUGUCAACCUGGUGUCCUCGCCCAUACAUUCGGGUUUUUCCUCUCCGCUCCCGCAGUACGACAGCAGAUUCCUGGUCAGCUUCAUGGUGGACGCCCGCGGUGGUUCCAUGAGAGGAAGUCGUCACAACGGCAUGCGCAUCAUCAUCCCACCACGGAAGUGCACGGCACCCACCCGGAUCACAUGCCGUCUUGUGAAGAGACACAAACUGGCAUCCCCCCCUCCCAUGGUGGAGGGUGAAGGUCUGGCUAGCAGGCUGGUGGAGGUCGGCCCGGCGGGGGCUCAGUUUCUUGGCCCUGUCAUAGUAGAGAUCCCACACUUUGGCUCCAUGCGGGGACAGGAGAGGGAGCUGAUCCUACUGCGCAGUGAGAACGGAGAAAACUGGAAGGAACAUCUUUACGACUGCAAGACUGAUGACCUCAAUCACCUUCUAAAUGGGAUGGAUGAGGAACUGGAUUCUCCGGAGGAGCUGGAGAGGAAAAGAAUCUGUCGUAUCAUCACAAAGGAUUUCCCACAGUACUUUGCUGUGGUGUCACGGAUCAGGCAGGAGACCAAUCAAAUGGGACCCGACGGUGGAACCCUCUGCAGCCGAAGUGUUCCCCUAGUUCAGGCGUCAUUCCCUGAGGGGGCAUUGACCAAGAAGAUCAAAGUUGGACUGCAGGCUCAACCCGUCCCCGAUGAGGCCGUGAAGAAAAUCCUUGGGAACCGGGCAACAUUCAGUCCUAUUGUUACGGUGGAGCCUAGGAGACGGAAGUUCCAUAAGCCUAUCACCAUGACCAUCCCCGUCCCACCUCUGUCAGGCGAGGGGCUGACAAAUGGUUAUAAGGGAGAUUGUACACCCUGUCUGCGCCUUCUCUGUAGCAUCACUGGUGGUACGUCCCCAGCCCAGUGGGAAGACAUCACUGGCACAACUCCUCUUACAUUUGUCAACGACUGCGUCUCCUUUACCACCAAUGUUUCUGCACGGUUCUGGUUGGCAGACUGCCACCAGAUCCCGGAAACAGUGGGCCUUGCUACACAGUUGUAUCGGGAGCUGAUCUGUGUACCCUACAUGGCCAAAUUUGUGGUGUUUGCCAAAAUGAAUGACCCAGUGGAGUCCAGGCUGAGAUGCUUCUGUAUGACAGACGACAAGGUGGACAAAACUCUGGAGCAGCAGGAGAACUUUGAGGAGGUGGCACGAAGCAAAGACAUAGAGGUUCUGGAGGGUCGGCCCAUUUACGUGGACUGUUAUGGGAACUUGGCUCCUCUGACUAAAGCUGGCCAGCAAUUACUUCUCAACUUUUAUGCCUUCAAGGAGAAUCGCCUGCCAUUUUGUGUCAAGGUCAGGGAUCCCAGCCAAGAGCCUUGCGGCCGUCUGACUUUUCUGAAAGAGUGUAAGUCAGCCAAAGGUCUCCCACAAACAGCGGUAUGCAACCUGAACAUCACACUUCCAGCAGUGAAGAAGGAAAUGGAGUCAGAUGGCGAGGAUGAGACUGAAAAGCCAGAGCGACGUCAUACCUUUGCAUCUCUAGCCUUACGUAAGCGCUACAGCUAUCUGGCCGAGCCUGCACUGAAAGCAGCAGUUGAGCGAAGCACAACAGCAAGAACACUGCCUGCUGGUUACCCUCACAAACCUGUCUUUCCAACCAGAUCUUACCCGCCAUGGUCGACUUCUCCUAUUACCGUCCCUGGCCAAACAAGGCCCAUCGGAAUGGGGGGUUCCCUCACCUCUGCCGAUUCAUCGGCAGACUCAACAGCUGGUUCUCCAUUAAAAUCUGCCUGGUCCUACUCCCCUUCUCCUGCAUGUCCUGCCCCUGUUAAAACCACUCCUGGAGUUCCACUGUCGACACAUGCUCUUACCUCUCCAGUGAAAUCACUCAGUGACAUGGUUCUUUCAUCCCCCAUUAAGUCUUACAGGACUAUGCCUUCACCAAUUAAAACUUUUGUCCAGCAGAGCCAGUUUCCUGCUCAUGCACAGACCAGCGUCCUGUCAUCUGGCAGCCCUAGUCAAACUGCCACAGAUCCUGCAUCGAUAAAAAACCUCGCUACUGCAUACAUAUCAAGGACUUCCCCAAGCCACUCCUUGUCUACUGGUGCUGCUCCUCAGAAUUCAUCAUCUCCAUCAUCACCGAAGACCGCUUACAGCAUGUACCAUACCACUUCGCCGUUUAGAACGGCACCUGGCUGCUCAGUAACAUCGGAUGCUGCCGCACCAAGCUAUGCUUCUAUUAAAUGCACCUCCAACCUGUCAAGUUUGAAAACCUCAGUAGAUUCCACCCUUUCACCUCGAGGAGGACGGUCUCCCCUGUCGUCCGUCUCUUCAACUGGGAAGACUACUAUUGCUUCCUCUGAACUGUCAACCAUGAAUGGAAAUGCCUCACCUGUUAAAUAUCCAUCCUCGACGUCCACGCCCUCUUCCCCAUCGUCUCGUCUUCUCUCUGAGAGAAGCAGCAGCCUUCAAGACAGGAUCCAAGCCACCACCCAGGCAGCAACAACUUCAGUUAGCGCAGCCAUAAACGAAGCCAUAGACUCUUAUUCCGUGUCAGGCUACGGCAGUCCCAAGCCACUCUCCUCAGCAAGAAAAUCAAUAGGAGGCCCGGCUUUUGGUUCUCUCAGAUCAGCCUCUGUCACCACUGGCUCUGUAAUUUCGUCAAAUACAAUGACGGUGCCAGUCUAUUCAUUGGUCAACGUAAUCUCUGAAACCCCAAUCAAGCCAGGGCCAGGCUCACUGAAAAUGGCACUUCCAGAUUCUCUACGGGCGCCCUCCUCCUCAUCCUCAUCCUCUCCUUUGUCUUCAUGUGUUACAGCGACAAAACUGAAGUCGCAACUCAAGUCACCCCCCUUCAUCACACCGCCAAUCAUACAUGCUACCACGGCCUCCAACCAGGAGAUCCUCCGAGAUGUUGCCGAUAUGAAAGAAGACCUAAUGAGAAUGACGGCGAUCCUGCAAACAGACACACGGACAGCAGCGAAAACAGUGCAGACGUCACACACAGGCACCCCCAAGGAGACCAAGCUGGAGGAUGAGGAACCCUAUUCUUUGGUGGAGAAGGUCAAAGAAGACUUGGUCAAAGUCAGUGAGAUUUUACAAAAAGAUUUGAGAGAAAGAGUCUCCGAGGAUGAAUGGGAGGAGUUUUCCAAAGAUGAGAUUGAGGAUGCCCAGAAAUAUGCCAUAGACCCUCACCCUCCGUUUGAUGAAGGCACACUCUUGCUCAAACAGCAGUCUCUGUCAAGCAGAGAUUUGGAAUUGGCUAAGAUGGUAGACUUUUUAACAAAUGACAUUGGUGCCAGCUCACUGUCCAGGAUGGCUGAGUUGAAGUAUAGAUAUGAAGAAGAAGUAAGAAAGGAAGGGGAAGAGAAACAGAAAAGGGUCCUCAAGCCAUCCAUGUCAAUACAGGAACACAAACUCAAGAUGCCACCACCAGCUUCUGGAAUGCUCAGAUCACCCUCAGAGAAGGAUCUAACCAAACUGUCUGAAUCAUAUCAGGGCACAGAGACAAUUUUGGAAUCCCCAGAAGACUUAUCACAUGAGCAGGAUAAGAGUCCUCUGUCAGAUAGUGGGUUUGAGACACGCAGUGAAAAGACGCCCUCUGCUCCACAGAGUGCAGAAAGUACAGGGCCCAAACCUUUAUUUACAGAAUCGCCCAUCCCCCCUUCUAUAACAGAGACCAGGAAUGAGUUCCAGAUAAGAGGUCAGGAGCUGCUGGAUGUGUGUGAGGCUGCACAUAUGGAGGAAGCUGCUGCUCCUGCCAUUGAACCCGAAUCAUCCUCACUAAUUGCAAGCAAUGCAUUGCAGAUGAAAAUCCCAGACGAUGACUCAAUGCUAAAUAAAAGUGUGUGUCUCAAAGAAGAAACCCAUAUAACUACGACAACUAGAAUGGUCUAUCACAAGCCUCAACUCAUGGAGAGCGCAGAGAUGCUGGAGGAAGGUUUGACUGUCAGGGAUAUUAUGAAAGCCUUUCAGUCAGGAAGGGACCCUUCCAAAGAACUAGCUGGUCUUUUUGAGCACAAACCAAGCAAAGAAUGUGUCAAAGGCGAUGAACUAACUCCUAGGUUCCUUGAGAGGGAUGUAAAAUCCAAGCCCAAAGUUGAGAGGAUCAUUGAGGUGCAUAUUGAGAAAGGGCAUAGCACAGCAGACCCAACCGAGGUUAUUAUAAGGGAAGCUAAGAAACACCCGGAGCUCUACGUUUACAAGGGUGAGCGCGGCAUCCGAGAGUUAAUUGAUUACGACGAGGUCCAACAAGAGGAGGAAGAACUUGCUGCCGAGGAAUGCCUGCCGUCCUUCCUGGAAUCCUCCCGUGUCAACACGCCAGUGUCACAAGAGGAAGACAGCCGUCCUAGCUCUGCCCAAUUGAUUGCAGAUGAUUCUUACAAAACACUCAAGCUACUAAGCCAACAAUCCGUAGAGUAUUGUGAUGACGACCAGUCGGACGUCAGGGACGAGUCGUACAGGUUUGCAGAGAAAAUGCUCCAUUCAGAAAAACUGGAUGCAUUAUCUCAUGCUGACACGGAGGAGUCGGCGUUGCUGUCUGACAAAAAAUAUCACCUGACGUUAGAUGAGAGCAGUGGUGUUGGGCAUUCACAAGGGAGCCCGAAAAAAGAUGCAUCGAAGGAAGGGUCUCCGAAGGCAAGUAAAUACACCCACAGAGAUGACUCAUCCCAGUUUGAUAAGGUCACAGUUUUGCAUUACUCCACAGAACAGGGUAGUCCCAAACAUGCCGUGUGGAUGAGGUUCACAGAGGACAAACACGACCGCAGUCGAGAGAAGCUCCUUUAUGAAGAUAGGGUGGAUCAGACAGUAAAGGAAGCUGAGGAGAAACUUAGUGAGGUAUCCCAGUUCUUUCGUGAUAAAACAGAGAAGCUUAAUGAUGAGCUGCAGUCCCCUGAGAAGAAACCUGUCAAGAGAGAACUGAAGGAACCCAGGUCCUGGCCCAGCUCGGCAUGCCACAGCCCUGAGAAAGGGCAGCAGAAAUCGAGGGCCGAUGAGCGGGGAUUUUACACUCCAGUCAGGGAGCAUACAAUUAGUAAAGUAGUUGAUAAUACCAUAACUGUAGAAAAGAAAAGUUGCAGUUUGCCGGGCAGUCCGCAGAAAAGCAUGCUCCCACACAUCAGUAAAGAAAAACAACAUAUAAAGACAAGUGAGUCUGCUCCUUCUUCGCCAGCUCACAGAGUAUCAACUUCAAAAGUCAGUGCUGUCAGGAUGAAGUUUGAAUCUGAAGGUCAGAAUCAGAAGGUAUCCAGUGUAGCAAAGACUCCUCCUCCAGUGCAACCAAAGCCUUCAGUGAAGAAAUUGCAGGAGAGCAAACUGCCCGUUUAUCAAUUUUCUGGGGGAAAGACAUCAAAUGUGUCUGAUUCAUCACUGGAACGUUCCAAAAAUGACAACAGAGAGAGUAAAGACAGUGGAACGAAUGGAAAAGAAUCUGGGUCAAAACUGUCAAUCUCUAAAUCAAAGAAUGGAAGCACAUUGGCAAACAAAAACAUCCCUGAGUCAUUCCAAAGUAAGGAGGGCUUUUCAAGAACGGAUCAAGAUGUAUAUAAAAGUAAUCAAUCACAGAAAUCCCCCGUUGAUACCAAACUAAAGGAGAAAGACACCGAUGUAUUAACAGACAAAGUUUCAAAAGCAGGCUUUGUGUCUCAGGAUAACAAGACUGGGGAGGAGCCCUUGAAUAAAAACAGAAAGAACACUGAAUCCUUAGAACACGUGAAAACAGCCUCUGCCUUGUCUAUUGAUAUCCCAAAGAAGCAAACACUAACACGGCCAUCGCAAAUUCCAACUUUAUGUAAGAUAAAAAGUCCAGAAAGACCUCCCACAAAAACUGACCUAACAUUUGAAAUUCUGGACAAUGCACCCAAGGAUUCAAAUUCCAACAACUUGCCAAGCCCUGGAGACAUUUUAGACAAAGUCAUUACCCCACCCGUUUCCCUACCAAGCAAAGAAAACUUCAAAGGUAUCAAAACAUUACCAGUUUAUGUCCAGGUGGGCAGACAGGCAGAAAGGGAGGCCAAGGGUGCACUGUAUAACGUUAAACAGAAGUCAAACACGGUCCUUAGUCCUAUAAGCCCCGAAGAAGACACGUUAGAACAGGUCUCUUUCAUAGACAGCUCAGGGAAAAGUCCCCUCACGCCUGAGACGCCCAGCUCUGAAGAGGUCAGUUAUGACCUCAUUCCAAGAACUCCAGAUGGCUUUAUGGAUUUUUUGUCUGAUAAACCAAGUCCAAUAAUGGAGGAAUCUGAAGAAUCAGAGGAAGACGAUGAUGGCAGAGUUACUCUUUCUUUUAAAGAGGCCAUAACGGACAACCAGUGUGAUGCUAACAUCGUCCAAGAAGACCUCACCAAUGCAAAUAGACAAGUGGCAACAACUGGUGAUAAUGUUGAUGUAAACAAUUUUAAACACGAUGAGAGCACAGCAGACCCCAGUCUUGACAGGUUGACAGUCCAGGAGAAGGCCGAAGCCCCGAAAGACAAAGGUGUCGCGUAUAUUGAGUUCCCGCCUCCCCCUCCUCUGGACUCCACGUCGGAAAAUUCCGACCAAGAUAGGAAAGGUUCUUGUGCCUCCUCGGAAACUGAAACAGAAAUGAUGGAAGUUAAUUUGCAGGAAGAGCAUGACAAACAUCUGAUGACUGAGCCAAUAAUUCGUAUUCAACCACCCACCCCCGUGCUCCCGGAGGGAGAAGACAGUCAUCCCAUUGCUGAAGAUGAUGAUGAUGAUGAUGAGUCAGUUUUUCACCGCGUGCCUAAUAGGAAAUUCUCAUUUAAGGUUCCUGAAGAAGAGGAGAUUGUAAAGGAGACGUUGCCAAAAUCAAAAAAGAAUGAUAGAAAUGGCAACAACAAAGAUCCCAAUGGUGGGACCAACGGGUCCAAUGGUUCAAAGGGUAGUAAUGGCAAAGGGGAGGACAAUGACUAUGAAACAAAUGGGAAUGACCAAUCAAUAACAGACUGUUCAAUAGCCACAACAGCUGAGUUUUCUCAUGACACGGAUGCAACUGAAAUAGAUUCACUCGAUGGAUAUGAACUCCAGGACGAGGAUGAUGGCUUGUGCGGACAGGCAGACUUGAGCCUUUUUAGUCUUCAGGACAACCGAAAAGAUGUGUGGUCUUCAGAUUCAUUUCGGCCCUCAGACCGCUCUUUUCCUCAGACUAAACUUGAAGUUAUUGAAGAGGAAAAAUCCCCUGAAGAUUAUCAGAAGGACAAGGAGAUCACCGCUAAUGGUUUAAAACAAGAUGAUGUGAAAGGUGGAGUUACCGAUCAAGAACAAAAACCAUCGUCUAAGGAGGGAUUUUCAGAUACUUAUUUCAGCUACAAGUUAGAGGAGGAGUUUAACUCUACUUUCAAGACAGUAGCCACGAAGGGGCUGGACUUUGACCCGUGGCCUAGCAAAGAUGGAGAAGAAGAGGUUGUUGAUGUGGGUGGAACACAGGGAAUCAAUGGCGAGCCAAAGCCAUUUGGACUGGCAGUGGAUGACCAGUCGCAGGCCACAACCCCUGAUACUACACCAGCCAGAACGCCAACAGACGAUAGCACACCAACGAGUGAGCCGAACCCAUUCCCCUUCCAUGAAGGGAAGAUGUUUGAGAUGACGCGCAGUGGGGCGAUUGACAUGAGCAAGAGGGAUAUGGUGGAAGAGAGACUUCAGUUUUUUCAGAUUGGUGAGCAUUACUACUCAGCAGGCAGGUACAGGGUCAGAGAUUCAGACACAGAUGACUUCACACACAAUGACAAGACUAAUACACAUGAACUGGCUUAUACAGUAGCUGUUCCUAAUGUCCCCAUUAAUACAACGGUUGUUCAAGUUGAAAUUCCAAAUAGCCUUAAUUACAGCCGAGAUUCACCAUCAAACAUGUUCUCCACCUUUAAACAAGGUUUCAACGUGUCUGAGAAAGCAACUAUUUCAAAUACAGACGCUAAUGUUCAGGCAUCAGAUAGCUUUCAGAGAUGUACAGGCUAUGCUUCUAGUGUAAACACAGAUUUGUGUGGAAAUUCCAAUUUAGGACAGUCAAGCUUUUAUACGCUUGGUAUAACAGAAAGUUGCUUCGACGAAGCAGACACUGCCGACUCGUGUCAAAGCGCUUGUAGCACAGCAAAUCAGAGUUCAACUCAAUGGCGAGAGCAGAGAGCAGUUGGCACUAGCAGUAACUCUAAACUCAGCAGUGUUGACUCAAACAUGGCAGAGGCUAGCAGUUUGGUGUUAAACCUUCUGUCUGCAUCUUUAUUAGCCUUGAAAGAGGCAAGCAGAUUGGAGACGUCGCUCAGCCAACGUGAAAUUACCAGUGAUUGCAAGGCUCUUCCGACUGCAACAGACACAAACAUAAAAAAGGUCAAAUUAAAGGAGCGGAAGUCCAGGAUACCAGUCAGGACCCCAUACCACAAACUCUGCAGGGAUACUGUUUCAAAAAACAAAGAAACUCCAGAGCUGUCUAAGCGCUCAACGUCUCAAGUCUCAGGUCUACGUUUCAAAUCGAGAAUUCCUGUUAAGAAAGGCACAAAACGGAGCUCUUCUCCUCGACAUCACAAGCUGCCUAAACUCAAACAUGCAGUCUCUGACAGAACAUUCAAAACUUCAACAGUUAAUAGACAGACAAUUUCUGUUGGGUCAAAACAUGCCAUGAGGAAUAGUUCCGGCAAAAACUCGGUAAGACCUAAAAAGGCUGUUUUAGAUUUGAAGAACUCUGGCAGGGCAUUUGGUGAGAAGGUCUUUAAGGAUUUGGAUGAGUUGCUAUCCAAGAGGGCAAACAAGCCGCUGCUGACCAAGGAUGGGGAGGGCACUAGCCUGAACACCACCAAGGACACCUCCUUAUCCAAGAACUCUAAAGCAUCUAGAAGUUGCAGCCUUUCCCGCACCUCUACCUCCACCUCCACCUGCACCACCACAUCAACACCAUCUCCUAGAGAUGUGAGAGCUGAGGUUGAGCAGAGCCGCAGUCAAAGGCUGAAAAGGAACAGACGGCAGAGUAGGAGGACACAGUGGAAGAAGGAACAAGCACUGAUGGAGGAAGGGAGUCAGGUUGCUCAGCCAAUCUUGGCUCCCGUGACAGAGAUCAAAACUAGCCCUCAGAGUCCCUGUGAGAGGACAGACCUCCGCAUGGCAAUAGUGGCCGACCACCUGGGACUCAGCUGGACUGAGCUGGCCAGGGAGCUGGAUUUCUCUGUGGAAGAAAUCAACUUUAUCAGAGUUGAGAACCCAAAUUCUCUGACAGCACAGAGCUUCAUGCUCCUAAAGAAAUGGGUUCACCGGGACGGCAAAAACGCCACAACGGACGUUUUAACGGCGGUGCUGACAAAGAUCAAUCGGUUGGAUAUUGUGACUUUGCUGGAAGGGCCCAUAUUUGACUACGGUAACAUUUCAGGCACACGCUGCUUUGCCGAUGAUAACGCAGUAUUCCCGGAUCAGUCCGAUGGAUACAACAAUAUAGAUCUGGAGCUGCAGACCCCCGCUGACCUGAACUACCAGCCCCCCACCCCUCUCCGCUCAGAUGACUUCUUUAGCGAGGCUGAAACUAGCGUAGAGUCCCCUAGCAAGACUGUCCUCUCUAGACCUAGUGACCUCUCUCUGACUCAGACCACCAGCACCUCCAGCAGCGAGGUCCUCACUGUGGCCCCAGGAUCAGGCACCAGUGCUCCACAGCCCCCCAUUGUGAAGGUAGAGGACUUUAGCCUGAAAGGGAUGUCAGUGGAUUGGCCAGACAAUGACAGAAGGGUGAUUCAGCAACAAGGAAAGGCAGCAGAAGAAGCUGCUGGUCAAUCGAAUGCGCAAAAGGAGGAAGAAGAGGAGGAGGAGAUGACACAGGAGAGGCUUCAGAGUCUGCUGGAGGACAUUCACCUGGAAGGAGGCUUGGAGGACGAGGAGAUCACUGAGGAGCGAGUGAAUGCCAUCCUUGAACAAGUGCGACAAGCCGAACAAGAACUGUCUUCAGUUCCAGGCUGGAAAGGUGAAACAUCAUCGGAGUCAGCAAAGCCUUGCCAGGGUCCUGGCGCCGAGGAGGGCAGUCCUGAUACUCUAGCUGACUCCCUGGAGCAGCCGUCACCGAGCAGCAAAGAAAAUGGAUCUCAUACCAGCACAGCAAAGGAAGAGAAGGACAAGCCCGCCAAGAAGAAGGGCUCUCAGGGGGAGAACCACAGAGCAGGGUCGAGUAGAGGGCAGGAGGAGAAGGGAGACAAGGCCCAACAAAAAAUCCAGGGGGGCGCUCUCCACCAGUCUGGAGAAGGCAACAAGAAGCAGGGCAAGAAGAGUCAGUCAUAACAGAUUCAAACCUGGUACCUUGUCACAGCAACACGUUUGACUUGAACUGCUCUUCUCUACCAUCAAGGUCUGUCCACCCGGACCAACCGGAAGACACCUGAUCCUCGUCCAACCACCAAGUGUCUGAAGCUUCAGACUUCAGACAGCAUGGACUUCAACCUGACAAUGCAAACUAUAAUUUCGCAUGAGCAUGUCACUCACUUUGGGAACACUGCUGGACACAAACGGACCAGUGAGCCGUGCCAACGUGUCCCAGAACCAAAGACAGCACACACGGAUGGAUACGAAAACUACUCAGACACGUCGCCUUAUGAUUUUUCCUCCUGGACUCACGGUGUCUGGUUUGCCAUGUGUUCUUUCUUUUUCUAACACUCGAGUGAUUUCCGUGUAUAUAAGCGACACUGUAUGAAAUCUUGAAAGCUUCACCGUUUGUACAUGCACUGAGUGGAGGCUCAGCUGCCCGGCAUCCUCUUCCCACACAAGUAUUCACACAACGCUGGAUGUAAAGGAGAACGGAGGGGAAUAAUAAGUGCUUGAUUUGGACUAGAGCUUCUCCGUCUGCAUGUCACUUUACUUUGGAGCUUCUCUUCCGUUUUCCUCCGAACUACUGCAACAACUGAGGGUACGUUGCACUUCUGCGCUUGAUAGACCGUUAGACAUGACUGUGGUUUUUACAUUUUAUUUUUUAACGGUUUGAAGACUUUAUUUAAUGAAUUCCAUUCACACACAAACAGAAUCUGUGUCAGUUUAAUCAUGUUUACUAACAACACCACUCCAAUAACAGUAUUGACGGUCAAAACAAACAGACUUCUGUUUCGGUGCAUUUUUUUAACUGUUGUUAAAGAUCAAUCCGGUACAACUAUGUAUGACAAAUAGCCAACACUGGAUGACCCAAGUAAUUAUUUAAGCCAAAAAAUAAAAAUGUGUUUAAAAUGAAGGUGUUUGACCCGUGAUUGUCUACAAUGGGCCUUUUCUCCAUCAGGGAUGUUACAGGUCAGGGGCGUCCAAACGCUUCCAGAGAGGUCCAGGGUUGUGCUUUGUCGGUUGGAACAAAAACCAGGACUGCGGCCUUUUCUGGAGCAGUUUGGUGACCCCCGUUCAUGGAGAUUUUCGCUCUAUCAAAAAACAAUAGAUCUCAAUUUUUUUUUCCAGGAAGUUUUGUGAAGGGCACAAAGAACAGGUAAAAGUAAGUGUUUGUGUUAAAAAGUAAAAGCUUGUGUUUACAUCUAGAGCCAUUAAUAAUCUGAAGGAUUGGAAACUAUAUGCCAAGUUUAUUGUGCCUUUACUGUUGUGCUGCACAAUAUAGUGCAUGAAAUUCUAUCACGGGUAUUUUAAAUGCUACUAGGGGAUAUUAUUAUCUAGGUAAAAUAAACAAAGCAAAAUUAUGUUGGGUAAAAAUCACAAUACAGGAAUGAGUCAGGUUUUCUCUCACGGUGCCGUUCCUGUUUAUCAGUUUAUUAUUACAAUGUGUCCUCUUGAGUUCUGUUUUCUGUCCUGUUUUUCAUUUUAAUUUCUAUUUAUACUUAAACAAUAUGUGUUCUCUUGGAUAGUCACACUUCCAAAAGCCAUCAAUUCACUUUUUCUAACUUUUUCUUGCGGUCACCUCUACGGGGAGUUCUUAUGAUGUUCUCAUGCUUGCGUGGGAUUUCUCCGAGCACUCUGGCUUCCGCCCCUCAAAACACAAGAGGAUUGAACAGUAGGAUUGAGGAAUUGUUUUGAUGACUUUUCAAAAUAAAACAACAAUACCCAAGAAAAUAUAUUUUCAAAAAGCCUCUAAUUUUCAACAGUUUCAUUCCUUCCAUUUACCUGGAUUGGAAAUGGUCCUGGCCCUAGUAGAGUUUGUCAAAUGUACAUCAGGUGACUACCAUAAAAAGACACCAGAAUACACCUGUUGAACUUCUUUUAUCAUUUCACAUUAUACAGUUAUGUACCAUGGACCAUUUGUUCUGUCAAAGGUGCGCACUGAGAUCAAAAAGGUUAAGAACUCCUGGUCUAGUGGAUUGAUAUCUAGACUUCAAAACUCAGAUUUAUAUCUAACGUGCCAUUGCACAUGAUCUCUUGAGCAAAGCACCAAGUUCAACCAAUAAUGGGUGACACACUUAUGAGGGGCUUGUGUUUGUUGUGCAUCUAGGUGAAUGUACGUCACCAGCCUGACCCUGAGCUUUGGUGCUCAGUUAAUGAUUCAUCAGCCAGCGUUCAGAUCUAUACAGUCUGGGAGAUAAACACUCGCACGUCACGCUUCAGCAUGACAAAACAUCCAUGUCCACUGAAAUGGUUGAGGUAGUGCUGCUGCGUCAAUGACCGAGAAACGUAGUAUAGCUCCUGCAUGUUUGUAGUAUUCAGUUGUUGUCACUGUGUAUUUUGUUUCUGUUUUAGAAUGAUUAUGCUUCCAAACAUUGUUAUUCCUCUUGGAAGUUUAAUAUAGAUGAAUAUUAAAACUAGGUUGAACGUUUUUAAAAGUGUCUACCACAGCAUUCUUGCGAUGUUCAUGCAGGCAGAGUAAAGUGUGUCAUCCGCUCACCUCUGCCCUCUCUUCUGCUGCCCGGCGACGCUUCCCUCCACUUGGAGGGUGAUAUGGAUACUGUAAGUAAGAGACACACCUGAUUCAUUUCUAUUUUCUUUACUAACAUAUAAGUUUAAUGUUGAUGUUUAAAUUGCAUCUGAAUAAAAUUGAAGAAUCUCUUUUCAUUUAUUACCGAAAACAGAGAGAGAGACAAUUUGUAAUAAUGUGCAGUUUAAAGUGAAAUUUUGGUGGUGAUUCCUGGGUAAAAAUGUCUGAACAAGCUGCUGAUCAGUACUUUAUAGCCGCCGCUACUUUGUAAUAAGAAUCAUUUCAUUGAGCUUGACAAUUGGAACGCUCUUUUUAAUAAAAAAAAAACAUUCGUGUGAAUAGAGUUGUCAUAUAGCACCUUCACGAAACUGACCCGUAACGCCGUAUUUCUGAGGGCCACGCAUCAGACAUUACACAGUGAAAAACGAGACGAGGAAACAGGUCUAUGUACACACGUAAUCACAUCAAUACACCUUUAAGCAUCGAACAAUAAAAAUCUUCCAUAAAAAAAGAA